AUGAAGCAAAGAUUCUCGUCUUUGGAUGUCAAGAUAAUUGCACAUGAGCUCCAGGAACGCCUGGUGUCUCUUCGACUCUCCAAUGUGUACGACCUGUCGUCCAAGAUUCUCCUCCUCAAGUUCGCCAAACCAGACAACAAAAAGCAGCUUGUAAUCGAUACUGGAUUUCGUUGCCACCUGACAAAGUUCGCCCGUACAACCGCCGCAGCCCCAUCCGUUUUUGUUGCGCGCCUUCGAAAGUUUCUCAAGACCAGACGGUUGACGUCAGUUAGACAAGUGGGCACCGACCGAGUCCUCGAGUUUGAGUUCAGCGAUGGCCAAUACCGACUAUUCCUGGAGUUCUUUGCCAGUGGUAACAUCAUCCUUACGGAUGCCGAUUUGAACAUCCUUGCCCUUGCGCGAACCGUUUCGGAAGGUGAGGGACAGGAACCUCAGCGAGUUGGGUUGCAAUACUCCCUAGAGAACCGACAGAACUAUGGCGGAAUACCUCCGUUGACGAAAGAAAGAGUGCAAAAUGCUCUCAAGACUGCCGUGGAAAAGGCAGCCGCCGCUAUACCGUCAUCGAAGAAGCAUAAGGUCAAGCCUGGUGGUGAUUUGAGGAAGAGCCUGGCCGUGUCAAUCACAGAGUUACCUCCAGUACUCGUGGAUCAUUGGUUGCACUCAAACAACUUCGACACCACGGUCAAGCCAGACGAGAUCCUGACAAACGAAGCUCUGUUAGACGACCUUGUUACGUAUCUUCAGGAAGCCCGACAAAUAGUUCAAGACCUUACCAGCUCGGAAAUCUGCACGGGCUACAUAUUUGCGAAGCGAAAGGAAAAACACGAGAGUACCGAAGCCAACGAGGACGAAACAAAGACUAAGCGCGACCUCCUUCUAUAUGAAGACUUCCAUCCUUUUGUCCCAUAUAAGCUCAAAAAUGACCCCACAGUCGAGGUUCUUGAGUUCAAGGGCUACAAUGAGACAGUCGACGAGUUCUUUUCGUCCCUGGAAGGCCAAAGGCUGGAGUCUCGCCUCAGCGAACGAGAAGCAGUGGCAAAACGUAAACUGGAGGCUGCGAAAAACGAACAGAAUAGGCGAAUCGAAGGGCUUCAAGAAGCCCAAACACUCAACUUCCGCAAAGCUGCCGCCAUUGAAGCCAACGCCGAACGAGUCCAGGAAGCCAUGGAUGCUGUCAACGGACUACUGAACCAGGGAAUGGAUUGGGUAGAUAUUGGGAAACUGGUCGAACGUGAAAAGAAACGACACAACCCUGUUGCUGAAAUUAUCAAGCUGCCUUUGAAUCUUGCCGAGAACCUCAUCACACUUGAGCUGGCCGAGGAAGAGUUUGAGCCGGAGGAAGACGACCCAUACGAGACCGACGAUGACGAUAGCGCAAUUGGUGACGAUGAAGGUUCAUCCGUGGCAAAGGGAAAACAGAUUAGCAAGGCGUUAAAUGUGGAAAUCAACCUUGGCCUCAGCCCCUGGAGCAAUGCUCGAGAGUAUUUCGACCAGCGAAAGUCGGCAGCUUCGAAGGAGGAGAAGACCCAGCAACAAGCCUCGAGAGCAUUGAAGAAUGCAGAGCAAAAGAUUAACGAGGAUCUCAAGAAGGGACUGAAACAAGAGAAGGCUCUGCUUCAACCUAUCCGCAAGCAGAUGUGGUUUGAGAAGUUCAUUUGGUUCAUCUCAUCUGACGGUUAUCUUGUUAUCGGAGGUAAAGAUGCCCAGCAGAAUGAGAUUGUCUACAAGAAAUAUCUCCGGAAAGGUGAUAUUUACUGCCAUGCCGACCUGCAUGGAGCAUCCAGCGUCAUCAUCAAGAACAAUCCUCAAACUCCAGAUGCACCUAUUCCCCCAGCGACAUUGUCCCAGGCAGGGUCGCUCGCUGUGUGCUCCUCCAGUGCCUGGGAUUCAAAAGCUGGCAUGUCUGCAUGGUGGGUUAGCGCUGAUCAAGUUUCCAAAUCUGCACCUACUGGAGAGUUUCUGCCAGCAGGAAGUUUCAUGAUCCGAGGAAAGAAGAAUUUCUUGCCUCCAGCUCAACUUCUUCUGGGACUGGGUAUCGCUUUUAAAAUCAGCGAAGAGAGCAAAGCCAGGCAUGUCAAGCAUCGUCUGCAUGGCGUUGACUCUGCCAUUGGCGACGAAGCUUCUGGAACAGCCACACCCCAGUCAACUGAAAAGACAGGCGAUGGUGGUGAGGUUGAAGCAGAUGAGUCCGAUGUUCCCUCCGAGACCGACUCUGAGGAUGAACAGCCGGACGAGGAAUCUCGCGACAACCCCCUCCAGGCGUUUGGCCGUGAAUCCCAUAACAAUGAGGUCGAAGAGGCUGAAGAAGGGGUUUCUGAGCUCAAGAUCUCAGAUGAUACCGCCGAUGAGACUCAUGGCCAAGACGAAGGUGAAGCUGAUGAAAAGGAAGUUGACGAGGACGAAGAGGAUGAAUCUGCCGAGUCACACAAUGAUACCUCUAGUAAGCCCGUGGAAGCAAAGCCGAAAAACGACACCCCGAACUCGAAGAAGAAAGCACCACCCAAGCGAGGUCAGAAGGGCAAAGCAAAGAAGAUUGCUGCCAAGUACAAGCAUCAAGACGAAGAUGACCGAGCUGCGGCCGAAGCCUUGAUUGGAGCAACAAUCGGACAAAAGAAAGCCGAAGCUGAGGUGAAGGCCAAAGAAGAUCGUCAAGCCGAACUUGCUGCAGCUAAAGAGCGUCGUCGCGCACAGCACCAGCGACAGCAAAAGGAGACGGCCGAACAUGAGGAGAUUCGGCGUGUCAUGAUGGAGGAAGGUGUCGAAAUGCUCGAUGAGGAUGAGGCCAGUCAGAUGACAGUACUCGAUGCCCUUGUUGGCAUGCCUCUUCCCGGCGAUGAGAUCCUUGAGAUCGUGCCCGUUUGUGCCCCUUGGAAUGCACUUGGGCGCUACAAAUACAAGGCUAAGCUGCAGCCCGGUGCAACAAAGAAGGGCAAGGCCGUCAAAGAGGUUCUUGAUCGCUGGAAGGCAGCUCCUAAUAAGAAGGGUGUUGUGGACGAGAGCGCUCGUGACUCGGAACGGAUGUGGCCGCGUGAAGUUGAGCUGAUCAAGGCACUCAAGCCUGAGGAGACUUUCAACGUUGUGCCAGUGAGCAAGGUGAGGGUUCUAAUGGCGGGUGGAAAUAGUGGCGGCGGCGGAGGCGGAGGCGGCGGCAAGAAGGGUGCAAAGGGGAAGGGCGGGAGAGGCAGAGGGUCAAAGAAAUAA